UCUCUGAGCGCUUGGUCUCUUCACGGAUGUCUGACUGACGGAGAAACUUUUACUGGAGUGGAAACAUCGUAUCUGAACAGACUGAAAGUCAUUAAUGAUGGAGAUUAUUGGUAAUGAGGGACGCGCGAGCUGCUGGAUUAUUAAUGAACGCGCUGGAUUACGCGCGUCAGGACGCGUCACGAUCCGUCAACGCGUUCACCAUUAGAACAGCUGGAGCUCAACGGGUGCAGCGCUGCGGUCAGUCUUCAGUAUGAGAGCAGCUCUGAACAUCAGUGUCGCUGUGGUUCUGUGGCCGAUCUUCCUGUGUCAUCAGACAACAAGGCAGAUCCGGUCUGAUCCACAGCAGACUGGUUCUGAAGGAGCGCCGUCGAGGUCGUGGAGCUCCUGGGGUUCUUGGGGCGAGUGUUCUCGCUCCUGCGGCGGAGGAGUUCAGGAACAGACCAGAGUCUGUCUGCCGCACAAAUCCACGGCACAAAACACACCUGACCAGCAACGCUUGAGCAGCAGCAGAUACGGAUGGAGGAGAGUGAACAGCAGCCGCAUCAGUCCAGGGAUGUACGCAUACGGCAGGAUGCCAUACAUAACGCCUCUACAGAAAGAUUUCAGCCAAACGUCCCACAAACAGAGACGAUCAGCAUCAAACAUCCCAAAACAGAGUUACAGAACUCAUCAGAGAAACCUGCCUCAAAACACUCGCUAUCACACAGCGGCCGUGCAGAGCCGACCAUACAGCCCAUUACCAAACACCUCCUGCCCCGGAGCCCCGAAUCAGCACAAGAUCUGCAACACCAUGGCCUGUCCAUCACCCAGCAGACCAAUCAGAGAGCUGCAGUGCUCCACAUUCGACACGCAGCCCUUCAUGGGCCGACUCUAUCAGUGGGAACCUUUUAAUGACGUUUCCAGUGAUCAGCGCUGUGAGCUCAACUGUCGCGCAAUCGGCUUUCGGUUCUACGUUCGUCAGGCGGACAGAGUCAUCGACGGCACUCCGUGUGGACAGAACCAGACGUCUGUGUGUGUGGCUGGACAGUGUCAGAGCGCCGGCUGUGAUGAUCUCCUGGGUUCUGGGAAGGUUCCUGAUAAGUGUGGUGUGUGUGGAGGGGAUAACAGUGCGUGUAAGCUCGUCUCUGGCCUGUUCCAGCACAGUCUGUCCAAAGUGGGCUAUCACAAGAUCGUGGAGAUCCCGCCGGGAGCCACCAAGAUCAACGUCACCGAGAUGGUGAAGAGCAGGAACUAUCUGGCCCUGCUCAGCCGGUCUGGGCGAUCCAUUAUUAAUGGAAACUGGGCCAUCGACCGUCCAGGAAUGUAUGAGGGAGUGGGAACGAUGUUCACGUAUCGACGGCCCAAUGAGAUCAGCAGCACCGCAGGAGAGUCCUUCCUGGCCGAGGGACCCACCAAUGAAAUCCUGGAUGUGUAUAUGAUCUACCAGCAGCCCAAUCCAGGAGUCCAUUAUGAGUUCGUCAUGCCGUCAGAGAACGCUGUAGAUGCUCCGCGUCCUAAAGAGAACCAGCUGGACGUGAAUGCUGUGAACGGUCCGGCUGGUUCUGAUGCUAACGAACGGUUGACCCCGGAGGAUCAUGAGAGGUCAAGGGUCAGAUACCCUCCUCCUGUCCCAGAUAAUCAGCUUCCUGCAGCUCCGCCUUCAAACAGAGCCAGAGAAUAUAACUGGAAACUGAGCGGCUCCACAGACUGCAGCGCCUCCUGUGGACGAGGUCGCAGGUUCACCGUGUUCGUCUGUGUUCAUCGAGUAACUCACGCUCAUGUUUCGAGCGGUCUGUGCGACAGCAGCACUAAACCCAGUCCGCAGGAGGAGCCGUGUAACGUCCAGCCCUGCCCUGCCUUCUGGGACAUCGGCGAGUGGUCGGAGUGCAGUAAGUCGUGUGGUCUGGGAGUACAGUAUCGUCAGGUUCUGUGUCGUCAGACGUACAGUAACCGGACGCUGAGUGUUCACAGCAGCCUCUGUCAGCAGACGGAGCGCCCCGAGACCAGCAGCUCCUGCCAGCUCAAGAUCUGCAGCGAGUGGCAGAUCCGCUCCGACUGGAGCCCCUGUUCGGUGCCCUGCGGUGUGGGUCAAAGGUCACGUGAGGUGCACUGUGUCAGUAAUGUGGGUGAUAUCGUGGCUGAUGACGAGUGCAACAUGAAGCUGCGUCCGAGCGACGUGGAGAACUGCGACGCAGGUGUGUGCACCAGGAGCUGGUUCUUCAGUGACUGGAGCGCUCAGUGCUCGGCGGACUGUGGUGCGGGGGUGCAGACACGCAGCGUUCAGUGCCUCACCAAUCACAUCAGCAGUCUGCCGCUGGAGCGCUGCGGGACCCAACAGCCCCCCGAGGCCCAGCCCUGCAACAACGGCCCCUGUGAGAGCCGCACCGAGUGGUUCACCGGGCCCUGGAGUCAGUGCUCGGCGGAGUGUGGCUCUGGUAGUCAGCAGAGGGCAGUGGUGUGUCUGAUGCGCUCUGACGAGGGUUUCUCAGUGAUGCCGUCGUAUGAAUGCUCGUCUCUGGACAAACCCCUCGGUCAGCAGAGCUGCUUCAUCAAAACCUGCGGAGCCAAGUGGUUCCACACCGACUGGAGCGCGUGCUCAAAGACGUGUGAGAUGGGCUUCCGUGUGCGAGAGGUGCGCUGUCUGUCCGAUGAUAUGAUGACCAGCGACCGCUGCGAGGAAACACUGAAGCCACACGACAAGGAGGAGUGUCACCCCGAGCCCUGCCUGCCUCUGAUUGAUGAGAAGUGUCGUGAUAAAUACUUCAACUGUAACGUGGUGGUGCAGGCGCGUCUCUGCGUGUACGAUUACUAUCAGAUGGCGUGUUGCGCGUCUUGCACGCGUGUGGCACAGAGGAGCUCCGGACACUGGAGACAGCGCUCAUGACCGGCGAUCCUCUGACUAAACACAGACUAACCGCUCCUCAUUAGUUAUCUUUGGAUGGGAGAUGACUCAUACAGACAGAACGGCAUUUCCAUCGGAUCAGGUGCAGCGCCUCCGUGUGAUGAGGAGAGAAGCAGAGCGAGUGUGACUUCACUUCUGUUCACACUGCGUGGCUCUAAUGUGAAUUCAGAGUGAAUGGAGUGUGUGUGAUCAGAACAGAGUGAAUCUCUCAGAGGAGCGAUGCUGUAUUGAACUGCAGUGUGAAUGCGUUCAGCUCACUGCAAAUCUGGAUCCGGUUCCUCAGAUCUGAAACGCAGAUCCGGUCGUAUACGCUUUCUUCUCUGGCCUGUUAUUGAUGGAUAAACUCUCAUCGAUGAGCUUCAAGAGCAAAAACACAAAGAUGGACAAUGAUUCAUACUGACAUAAUUAACAUAUGGAGCUAUAACAGUCUCAAAAUUAAUGCGUUUGCAAAAUAUGAGUCACAAAUGCGGAAGCUAGUUCACAUUCACUAAACAAAUCCUUUAUGUAUAAUGCAUAAUGUAUGUUGUAAUGCAUUUAAUCUUUUUAUGAAUAAUUGUAACCAAAGUUAAAAUGCAUUAUAGUAUUUGUCGUGUUUUAAUGCAUUGUAUUUUCUAACGGUGUAAUUUUAUUAUAAUGCAUUAUAACUGUGGUUGCAAUUAUUCAUGAUAUCAUACAAUGCAUUACAAGGCAUCAUUUUAAGUGUUACCAAAAAUUUAACACAAACUAUAAACACAAACUGAAUAAUAAAAAAUAUAAUUUGCAAAUGCACAACCAAAUUUACAAUCAUAAAAUAAGAUUCACAAAUGCAAAACUCAAUUCAUAAAUAUUUUAGCACAUGUAUUUUUGUAUUGCUGUGGAUUUGUGUGUAUUUUGAGACUUUCCAGCCAGACACUGAUUUAUAGUGUUUUUUUUUUUUAGACAGACAUUCCCUUUAGCCAAUAAGAUGAGAGUUUUAUAUCCAUCCAAUCAUAAUGCGUUUUUCUCAGUGCUUUGAAUCAGCAAAAUGUGGCAUGAUUAAUUUUGAGACUGUUUUCGCUCCAUAAUAACCACAGCGAUGAAGCGUGUUUGAACUGACGUGAGCACCGCCGUCUGUUCAAUAACA